CACACGUGUAGUCUCACACACUCGGCAACAGUUAGGGUUUAACAGACUCGCUGUUCUUCCUCUUUCUUCUCCUCCUCCUCCUGCCCCUUUUCAUUUGAUUACAAAUCCCAAAUCCCAAAUCAAUCGAUCCAUUUAUAUAACAAAUCUUCACACUUUCCAAUCGAAUACAACCCAUCAUGACCGAAUCUAUGAGCUUGAAUAGUAAUAUCACCAUCGUCACUCAAACACCCAUUCAUCACGAAAACCCAGGUGGUGAAUUGACGGAAUGUUCUAGAAGGAUCGAGUUUCACGUAGCAAGGAAGCCGCCGUUAACUAACGGAGGUGACGAUGGGAGUUUUAGGCUUGAAACCCUUAAUCCCACCACUACGAGCUCUAAAAAUACGCAUCAAAAUAAUCAAAGUGUCGGGUCGGAUCGUGUCGGGUCUUCGGGUAAGAAAAGAGAUGCAUCCGAGUUGGAAAAUGGGUUGGAUCAGGAACUCAGUUUUGGGAUUACUUUCAGGAGAAUUGGUGCUGGUUUGGAGAAUCUCGGGAAUACUUGCUUUCUUAAUUCGGUACUACAAUGUUUAACAUACACCGAACCUCUAGCUGCAUAUUUACAGAGCGGAAAACAUCAAGUUACAUGUCGGAAAUCUGGAUUUUGUGCAUUGUGUGCGAUUCAGAAACACGUCAGCCGUGCACUACAGUUAUCAGGGAGAUCAUUAGCACCUAAGGACCUCGUCUCAAAUUUACGUUGUAUAUCUAGAACUUUUAGGAAUUCAAGGCAGGAGGAUGCGCAUGAAUACAUGGUAAAUUUGUUGGAAUCAAUGCACAAAUGUUGCUUACCUAAUGGAGUGCCUAUCGAAUCACAAAGCGCCUAUGAUAAAAGCUUGGUUCACAAGAUAUUCGGUGGUCAACUUCGUAGUCAGGUAAAAUGCAUGCAGUGCAACUACUGCUCGAACAAAUUCGACCCGUUCUUGGAUUUAAGUCUGGAAAUCUUGAAAGUCGACACUUUAUAUAAAGCCUUCGCAAAUUUUACCGCUAAAGAACAGUUAGAUGGCGGGGCUAAGAUAUAUCAGUGCCAGCAGUGCAAGCAAAAGGUCAAAGCUCUUAAACAGCUUACAGUGUACAAGGCCCCGAAUGUUCUAACCGUUCACCUGAAACGCUUUGGGUGCCACAUGUCAGGCCAAAAGAUCGACAAGAAAGUCCAUUUCGGUCCUACUUUGGACUUGAAACCGUUUGUCACCGGUCCAUAUGAUGGUGAUUUGAAGUACACGCUUUACGGUGUUUUGGUUCAUGCGGGCUGGAGUACACAUUCGGGCCAUUAUUAUUGUUUUGUUCGGACGUCUAGCGGCAUGUGGUAUUCACUUGAUGACAAUCGCGUUUAUCAAGUGAGUGAAAAGAAGGUUUUUGAGCAGAAAGCCUACAUGUUAUUUUAUUUUAAAGAUAGAAAGAAUUAUCCAUCGAAAAAGACGAGAGAUGUUCAUCACAAAGAGAAGAUUGUGAUUAAUGGUGCACCCAACGGGCCUGGUGCGUCAAGAGAGGCCCAAACGAAAACGGGCCUAAGUAUUCCGUCGUUAAACGCUCAGAGGUCAUUGAAAAAAACUCCAGAUGUUGCUCAACAAAAGGAGAAUAUCGUGAUGAAUGGUACACCCAACGGGCCAGGUGCACCAAGAGAGGUCCAAAUGAAAACGGGCCUAAGUAAUCCAUCAUUAAAUGCUCAGAUGUCAUCGAAAAGAACUGCAGAUGUUGCUCAACAAAAAGAGAAUAUUGUGAUGAAUGGCACACCCAAUGGGCCAGGUGCGCCAAGAGAGGCCCAAAUGAAAACGGGCCUAGGUAACCCGUCGUUAAAUGCUCAGACGUUGUUGAAAAAAACUGCAGAUGUUGCUCAACCAAAAGAGAAUAUUGUGAUGAACGGUGCACCCAAUGGGCCAGGUGCACCAAGAGAGGCCCAAACAAACACUAUUCUUACUAACGGAUCGUUAAAUGAGCAGAAAUCUUUGGUUUCUGUCAAUACACUUGAUUGUUCUGGUGCACCAAAAGAGGCCCAAAUGAAAACGGGCCCGAGUGAUGAAGCAUGCAGUGUUCAAAAGUCUUUGGCUGCUGUUGGUAACGAGGGAAAUGAGCUUGGCCCGGUUUCACCAAAAGAGGCCCAAAUGAAAACGGGUCCGAGUGAUGGAUCGUUAAAUUCUCAAAAGUCUUUGGCUGCUGUUGGUAACGAGGGAAACGGGCUUGGCCCAGUUGCACCAAUAGAGACCCAAACGAACUCCGGUUUAAGUAAUGAUUCAUUACACGAUAGAAAGAUUUCUGCGGUUGCUGGAACCGUGAUAAACGGUUUCAGCGCUGGUGCAUCAGAACCCGAACAGACCCAAACGAACGGAACAUCGGUUCCAAAAAGCAUCUCAGAGCCCAGUAAAACAGAAGACCGUAAAAAGGAAAGUUCUAUGGAGAACAAAGCUAUUGUGGGUAAACCGCGUAAAAAAGCGAAGAACUUUCUAAAGUGUAAGUUAAUAAGUAUGAAAUUCAGCUCCAAUAUUCGUUUGGGGACAUCGUUAAAUCAGAGAAAGAAAAAGAAACAUAAGCGAAACAAACGGGUCAAGAAUCUCGCUCAAGAGAAUUUGGUCAAAGAAGGCCCGUCUUCCUCGGUCAAAGUUGAAGCACAGGUGACGGUCAAACCUCUUGUUGAUCAUGAAUUCAAAUCGAGAGUUGUUGAAGACGGUGCUGUACUUGCAACAAGUGAUUUUAAAAGUCAAUCAAACUCCAAAGAAUCAAAUCAGUUGGAAAGCUGCAGGAGAUCUUUGUCACAAAAAGAUUUGGUUCAUAUGCUUACGAGAGGUAUUGAUGAGAGAACAGUUCCUCGAUGGGACGAGGACGAGUCAGCGUCAUUUCAUCUAUAUAGAGAAGAAAGGCCCGAUUUCGCUAUUGGUUAUAUCGGAGAUAUAUGGGAUGAAGAAUACGACAGAGGAAAGACGAAGAAAGUUAAAAUCUCAAAAACCGAAUUUGAUGGAAAAAACCCGUUUCAAGAUAUUGCAAACGAGAGGUUAAAAUCACACACAGAAAAACAAAAUGUAUCAAGAAGGAAAAACAAACAUUUUAAAAAGUCAAGAUCUUGCAAUGGACCUUACAGGAUAUGAUGCUGAAAUUAUGCCAAGAAUUUUGUUUUCUGGAAUUGACGAUCGAGAAUGCCCGACGUAUUUACCGGGUAUUUUCUUGAUAUAAUUCUUUCCCGAUUUGUAGAUCGAGUUCAUGAGGCGUGGGAGUAAUUUUUAUUUUGAUGUUUGAAGUUUAGGAUUUUGAAUCAAGAUGUGUUCUUGUACUAGUCUUGAAAGUGGUUAUAAAAUGUAUGGUUUUUGUAUUUUGAUUUUGGAGAAUAUUUAAGUAAUGUAAUACCUCUAAAUGUUUCUAACAUUUUUUAUUGGUGCAAA